UGCUCAUUUGCAUUCGAUUGUGACAAGAUAAUUAUUAUGGCCAUGUUUAAAAGAAUUCUUAUUCCGUCCAAGCUAUUUUGCUUAUCAACGGCAGAUUAUUCGACUAAGUUACCGGGACUUUUGAGCGAUGUGAGCGUGUUGGAUUUGACCAGGAUCGUUGCUGGUCCGUUCUGUACUAUGACCCUUGGGGACUUGGGGGCGAACGUGAUAAAAGUGGAGAGUAUGGAUGGGGAUGAGAGUAGGAAAUGGGGGCCUCCUUUCAUGAAGGGUGAUAGCAACAAGGAUUCGUUCUACUUUUUAUCAGUGAACAGGAAUAAGAAGAGUAUUUGUUUGGAUUUGAAGUCGCAGGAAGGGAAGAAUGUGAUGUAUGACUUAGCCAAGAAGUGUGAUGUGAUGGUGGAGAACUUCUUGCCCGGUAAGUUGGAUAAGAUGCAGGUCGGGUACGAGAGGCUCAGCCAAAUCAACCCCAAGCUGAUAUACUGCGCUAUCACUGGCUUCGGACCCACGGGACCUUAUGCUAACAGACCAGGUUACGACGUGGUAGCCGCAGCCAUGGGCGGCCUACUGAACGCGACCGGCGAACGGAACGGCCGCCCCGCCAAGCCCGGCAUCGCCAUCACCGACCUCACCACCGGCCUGCACUCCUUCGGCGCCAUCAUGGCUGCCCUUUACCACAGACAAAAAACCGGAAAAGGACAGAAAAUCGACUGCAAUUUACUUUCCACACAAAUUUCAAGCAUGAUUAAUUUAGCUACCGUUUAUUUGAACUGCGGUAUCGAGGUCCAACGCUGGGGUACUGCUCAUGCUAACCUAGUACCUUACCAAGCGUUUGAAACUAAAGAUGGAGAGUUAGUCAUCGGUACAGGGUCUAAUGCUCAAUUCGCAGAUUUCUGUAGAAUCAUUAAGAAAGAGGAAUUGAUUAACGAUGAGCGAUUUAAAGAUAAUUCAGACAGAGUUAAGAACAGAGAUGAAAUAAUUAGGAUUAUAAGUGAAGUUAUCAAAACUAAAACUAGUAAAGAAUGGUCGAAAUUAUUCGAAAACGCCUCGUUUCCUAACGGUCCUGUUAAUAAGAUGAAGGAUGUUUUCGAUGAUGAACAUGUUAUAGCUAUAGGGUUGGUAAAAGAGCUACCUCACCCUGAAGUAGGGGCGGUGAAGGUGGUAGGGCCGCCGACGGUAUAUAGCGCAGGUGGGAAUUAUGCGAGGACAGCCCCACCAACGCUUGGACAGCAUACUAAGGAAAUAUUGUCGGAAUUCCUUGGGUAUGAUGAUGGGAAGAUAGGUGGGUUGUUUAACGCUAAAGUUGUGCGAUGAUGAUUGAAUUGUAU